AUGGAAGCAACCACAAUAACCCAUGUGACGACCAAUAACCCUAAUAACACCAACCUUCAUGGAGCGGUCGUAGAAGAAGUGGAAGGCCUUAUUAAAGUUUACAAAGACGGCCACGUCACCAAGUCCUCCUCGGUCUCUAAGCUUCCUUUGAUUGUCUACUUCCACGGUGGAGGUUUCUGCGCCGGCUCGGCUUCUUGGUCAUGUUACCACCAGUUCAUGGCUCGAUUGUCCGCAAAAUCACGUUGUCUGGUCAUGCAUGUAAAUUACCGUUUAGCCCCUGAGAAUCCUCUUCCAGCAGCAUACGAAGAUGGAGUCAACGCCAUUCUUUGGCUCAAGAAAACAAGAAACGAUAACUUGUGGUCCAAGCUAUGUGACUUUGACCGUAUAUUCUUGGCCGGAGACAGCGCCGGAGGCAACAUAGCCAACCAUGUCGCCGCCGACGCUCUUAUAAAGCCAUUGAAUAUAGAAGGAACGAUCUUGAUCCAGCCUUUCUUUAGCGGGGAAACGCGUACGGAGAGCGAGAGGCGCGUGGAGAACAACACGAAGAGCUCAGUGCUGACACUUGCGUCUUCAGACACGUGGUGGAGACUGGCUUUGCCACGGGGUGCAAACAGAGAGCAUCCGUAUUGUAAACCGGUGGAGAUUAAGACGAGGACGCUGGUGUGCGUGGCGGAGAUGGAUGUGCUGAUGGAUAGGGCGAUAGAGAUGUGUGAUAGUGAUGAGAAAAUGAAUAAGUGUGUGGUGUACAAAGGCGUUGGUCAUGCGUUUCAGAUUCUUGAUGAGUCUCCGCUUGGUCACAAGAUGACUCUUGAAAUGUUGUGCGACAUCGAGGCUUUCAUCCACCACUUUGAGAGCCUUUAA